UCUCCGAGGCUAAUAGGCGGAGGAGUAAUCAUCGGAAAAAUCAAAGUUUUCGGAGGAAGAAGAUUUCGAUUGUUUCACGCACGAAAAUCCUAACUUUGACCUUCACAUGUUAAAUUAGUGGAAAUUAGGAUCUAUGGUUUGGAUUUCUGGGUUCAUUCGGUCGGAUUCUGCAAAUUUGGGUUUAUCAUGGAGCUAAGGUUAGUCGCUCUGUAGCGUUUUCUUAAGCAUAUCCGUCGCAGUGGCCGAAGCAACAGCUGAUCGGCCUCGAGAAGAACAGUAGUUGUAUGCGCAUUUGGAUGCAUAUUGAUUUGUCAUGACAUCAUCGCGUGAGGUAAAGAAAUAUCAGAAUCAUUCAGGUUCUUCUUCUGGGAAGAAGAGUAAGAAUCUCGCCGCAAUCUGUGAGGAGGAAUACAACAAGAACCAUGGAGAGUCCAAGGAAAGAGAUGGUGGGUCUGCGUUGGCUUGUGCUGAGUCUGCUGACUCUGAGCUUAGGCGGAGUUCUAGGGUCAGGCGGAUACCUUCAUUCCUGGACGCUUCUCCUCCUCCUCCGAAGAAAAGGCGUCGUCUUAAUAAUCAAGGGGGUAGGAGUUCCAAGCUAAGGAGAGUGGUGAAGGAGGAGAAUGGUGAUUCGGAUGCACAGGAUGGUUGGAAAUCCAGGGAAAGAGGAGCUUCUAAUGGUGGGAAACUGAUGAAAACAAAAACGCAAGUGGGAGUUCACGAAUCUGAAAGUUCGGAAGAUGGGGAAAAUGAGUCAGAUACCAGUAAUGCGGAAGAUGAGAGUGCUAGCGAGUCAGAGGAAUCAACGCACGCUGACAGUGAAGCUGGAGAGGAGGAUGAGAAGGUGAGGACUAUCAAAAGAUCAGUUGUUUUAGAGAGUGAAAAUGAAGCUGAAGUUGAUGGAACGGAGACUGAGAGUGAGGAUGGAACAGAUAGUCCUGAAAAUGAGAUUGAGGAUAGUGAUGAAGAGGGCGAAAGUGAAACACAAGGUAGUUCAGAGAAGACAGGAAGUGAGAUUGAAGGCAACGUGGAUGGAACAACAGCUGAUGCUAAAGUUAGAAAGGAAGGAGUGGAAAAUGAGAGUGCGGAUCAGAUGGAAGGAUUGGAAAAUGAGAUUGAGAUGGAAGUUGAAGGAACUGAGAAUAAGGAGGUGGGUGUAAUGGUUUCUAAAAGUGGAAAUGGCACUGCGAUACUAGGGGAUGAUAGUGAUUCUGCUGAUAAUGUUAAGACAAAAAAAGGAGAUACUUUACAACCUGAACUACUACAGAAACCUAGCAUCGAGGUUAAUGAGAGUUUGAAGCAGAAUGAUGACAUCGGAGAGCGAGGUGUUUCUGGAGCACCAUCUACUGAUAAGACCAAAGAACAUAGUGAAUUUCAGGAUAGAGGGGGUGAAAGUGUGGAAAUGCUUGACGAGUUGCCUAUUCAGAAUGAAACUUGCAACAAGGUUGUUGACUCAGUUUGCAAUUCAUCGGAUAGGCUCGGUAAGCCUCUCUUUAAACAAGCCAGGCGCUGUGGUUUAUGUGGAGUUGGUACUGAUGGCAAACACCCGAAGAAGUUGAUACAAGAUAUUGGUGACAGUGACAUAGACGCACAUAGCGGGUCUUCGUCUUCAGAGGAGCCAAACUAUGACAUAUUGGAUGGUUUUGGCGAUGAUCCUGGAUGGCUUGGCCGUCUAUUGGGCCCUAUAAACGAUCGUUAUGGAAUUUCUGGAACGUGGGUUCAUCAGCAUUGUGCCGUAUGGAGUCCCGAGGUUUACUUUGCUGGUGUAGGAUGCUUAAAAAAUAUAAGGGCGGCACUUUGCAGAGGGAAGUCAUUAAAAUGCACUCGCUGUGCAAGACCUGGGGCAACCAUCGGUUGUCGUGUUGAUCGAUGUCCAAGAACCUAUCAUUUGCCUUGUGCACGAGCUAACGGUUGCAUCUUUGAUCACCGUAAAUUUCUGAUUGCUUGCACAGACCAUAGAUAUCAUUUCCAACCCCAUGGUCGUCAGUGUCAAGUCAGAAUGAAGAAGAUGAAAGCCAAGAGGAUGCGAUUGGAGAUGAGGAAGCACUCAAAUGAUGCCUGGCGUAAGGAUGUGGAAGCAGAAGAAAAGUGGUUUGAGAAAUGUGGUGAAGAUGACGAAUUUUUAAAACGUGAAAGCAAGAGACUACAUCGAGAUCUAGAAAGAGUUGCUCCCGAGUAUAUCGGAGGCUCUGAUUCUGAGAGUGGAAAGGCAUUUGAGGGAUGGGACUCUGUUGCUGGGCUUGAGGGUGUAACUCAAUGUAUGAAAGAGGUUGUUCUUCUACCCUUACUAUAUCCAGAAUUCUUUGAUAACCUUGGACUCACACCUCCAAGAGGUAUCCUCUUGCAUGGACAUCCUGGAACUGGAAAAACGCUUGUGGUUCGAGCGCUGAUUGGUUCCCUUGCUCGUGGAAAUAGACGGAUUGCAUACUUUGCCCGGAAAGGGGCAGACUGUCUGGGAAAAUACGUUGGUGAUGCUGAGCGCCAGUUGAGGCUCUUAUUUCAGGUCGCUGAAAAAUGCCAACCAUCUAUCAUAUUUUUUGAUGAAAUAGAUGGUCUCGCUCCUAAGCGGUCAAGGCAGCAAGAUCAAACACACAGCUCCGUUGUAUCCACUUUGCUCGCUUUACUAGACGGCUUAAAGUCGCGUGGCUCAGUGGUGGUCAUAGGUGCAACAAACUACCCUGAUGCUAUUGACCCAGCAUUAAGAAGGCCAGGGAGGUUUGAUAGAGAGAUCUAUUUUCCCCUACCAUCACUCGACGAUAGGGCUGCAAUCAUCUCACUCCAUACUAGGAAGUGGCCUAAGCCGGUGUCUGGAUACUUGCUCAAGUGGAUUGCUAAAGAAACUGCCGGUUUUGCUGGUGCGGAUAUACAAGCUCUCUGCACACAAGCUGCCAUGAUUGCCUUGAAUAGGAGUUUUCCUUUGCAAGAAUCUUUGGCUGCUGCAGAGUUGGGGAUUUCUAGUAGUAAUCGUGUUGCUCUUCCGUUUUUCUCAGUUGAAGAAAGAGAUUGGUUGGAAGCUUUAUCCCGCUCCCCACCCCCAUGCUCACGUAGAGGAGCAGGAAAAGCAGCUAGCGAUAUAUUCUCUUCUCCUCUUCCAAUUUACUUGGUGCCUUCUUUAUUUCCGCCACUGUGUUCUUUACUUGUUGCUUUUCAUCUUGAAGAGCGCAUCGUGCUACCACCUCUUCUUUCCAAAGCUGCAGUUGAUUUCGAAAAUGUGAUCCGUUCUGCUUUGAGCAACAAGAAGAUAACUAAGGGUUACUGGUGGUCUCAUGUUGAGAGCCUUCUCCAGGAGGUAGAUGUUGUAAAGGAUAUAGUUCAGAGACUUUCUAAUGCUGGGAUACUGGAUGGAGGAUGUGACUCAGUUAGAUCUGUUUCAAGCACCCCUGGUGCUGGCGACUGCAGUUUGGGUUCUGCACAAUUCAUGGUACACAGAGUCUACCGAAAUCCUGGGCUUUUGGGGAAUACUCACUUAGAAUCAAUGAGCAAAUCAGGGUUCCAACUGCUUAUUGCUGGAGGACCUAAAUCUGGUCAACGACAUCUUGCUUCUUGUAUCUUGCAUUGUUUUAUUGGCAAUGCAGAGAUGCAGAAGAUAGACACGGCAACAAUUUCACAAGAAGGAAAUGGGGAUCUGGUGCUAGGCGUAACUCACUUAUUAAUUAAAUGUGCUAGCAGGAAAUCAUGUGUGGUAUUCAUGCCAAGGAUUGAUUUGUGGGCUGUAGAGACAGAGUCUCCACUGAGCGAGGAGGUCGAGUGUGAUGAUGAUUCUGCAAAAGAAAAUUCUUCUUCUCCUAUUUGCCCAGAAACGGUAGAGAAAAUGGAGUUGCAGAAUUCUGUUCGAGUUUCACAUGCUUGGAACACAUUUUUUGAGCAAGUAGAGUCAUUGCGAGUUUCCACAAAGUUGAUAAUUCUGGCUACUUCUGGCAUGCCUUACAAAUUACUGCCUCCUAAGAUACAACAGUUCUUUAAGACCGACUUAUCAAAGGAGUAUCAACCAACUAUGUCUGAGGCUGUUCCACAAUUCACUAUACAAGUUGUUGAAAAUUCUGACCAGGACAUGGCCAUUGACCUGUCUGCUACUGAGCUGUCAAAGCGGGCAAUCCAAGUAUUUCUUCAUUUGGUGCAUCAGGAAACCCAUACUCACUAUGACUUACAGAAAAAAUACAAAAGAGAGGAUCCUGACCAGGGUUGCAGAGAUGUAGAUUAUCAGAAUAAUACUGAUCGAGGCGCAGGGGAAGAAGCAGGUGUUAAAUCAAAACCUCUUGAUGAUGGUUCUGUAAAAGUUCCACCAUUACCUACCAGCAUAAAUGUGAAAGCGAAAUCAAGCCUGCAGUUAGCUGUCUCUACAUUUGGUUAUCAAAUUCUACGGUAUCCUCAAUUUGCCGAGCUUUGUUGGGUGACAUCAAAGCUUAAGGAAGGGCCAAGUGCUGAUGUCUCAGGUCCUUGGAGAGGUUGGCCAUUUAAUUCGUGUAUCAUUUGUCCUUGUAAUUCAUCAGAUCAGACAGUUACUGCUCCCGGUUCUAACAAUGUUAAAGGCAAAGAUUCAUCUGGCAUUGUCAGAGGCCUCAUUGCUGUUGGAUUAUCAGCGUAUAGAGGAACCUAUAUAUCACUGAGGGAAGUCUCCUUUGAGGUACGGAAAGUUCUCGAGCUCUUAGUUGGGCGGAUCAAUGUGAAAAUCGAUGCUGGAAAGGACAGAUGUCGAUAUAUCCGAAUUUUGUCUCAAGUUGCUUAUCUGGAAGACCUGGUUAAUAGUUGGGUAUAUGCGAUGCGAAGUUUUGAGUUGAAUGCUCAAACAGAGUCAACGAAUCCAUUGUCUUAUUUAGUCAAUCCAUCAGUGAGGAAUGAGCCAACUGAGCAAGGAAUAUCUGAUCGACCAAAAGGGUCAGAAGAAGACCCGAAAGAAGAUACCCAAAACAUGGAUUGUCCAGACCCUAUAGCAGCCGACAAUCAUCAUCCAGUUGUAGAGAUUACAAAUGGUCAUACUGAAACAAAUCAUGAACCUCUUGAAGAUACUGGACCUCUUACAACCCAUAGUAUGGAUGGCUUAACUUUGAUCAAAGGGAAUGGUGAUGAUACUUCCAAUUCUGCAAUGAUAAUAGACGAUUUAGGCGUAAGUUCAGUUCGGCAGGCUGUUCUGCUUGAUCUUAACUCCCCUGCAGCUGACCAUGAACAGAGUGAGACCCACCAUGGAUCAUGCGAGGUAGGAACUACAGCAACGGCCACUGCUUUGAAAGGAGAAGCUAAUUCCCAAAACAAUUCUAUUGGAUCUGGGGAAUCCAAUUCUAUCUCCCUGAAAGAUCCCCAUAAAUCAGCUGACUCAAGUAAUGGUGAAGCCUGGGACGGCGUCCAUGGCUUAGAAUCUGCAAAUAGCAUGCCUGAAUCAAUUAAACAAGUUGAUACAACUGCAAGCACCAAUCCUCUGGAUGACCCUAGUUUUGUGUGUUUGUACCGUUGCUGCUCCCAGUGUGUCUCCAUCCUCCAAGAGUCAAUGCAUAAACUAGUUACUCGGGAAUUGAGACUUGGUGGGAGUUGCAUCACAACAGAAGGAAUACAUGAUGCAGUGUCUUCAUUAUCAGUGGAGCUUAUUGCUGCUGUUAGAAAGUUCAUCUCUGCGAAAAACAAUGGCACUAUGCAGGAAGCAGAGGUUGAAGAACGUGAUGAAUGCUCAGAAAAAGAAGCAUGUUCUUGUAAAAGCUUACCUGGUAAUUUCCUUGCCUCGGUUGAAUGUUGCGGUCAUUCUGCUGAAGAGCAUCGGAGCUUAGAAGAAGCAAAUACAUAUCCAAGCCCUAAGACUUGGCUUGAGCCAUUAUUCGUUUUCAAAGAUGGAAUAUUGGUUCCAGUAAGUAGUGAAGAUGAUCGCGCUUUGCACUGUAAAUACGAUAGUUUCUGCCUUGGCUCUCUCAUAGAGUUGAUUGCAACUGAGAUGAAGCCUUUUUGAUUGAUUGAUCUUUUUAUCUUUUAUUUACUCAUAUCAACUUGGUGUCUCUGCCAUUGAUUGCCAUUGACCCUAAACUCAAAUCUUGUUUCUCCUAGAUUUGAUUUACUGCGAUGUGAUUCCCUUAACUUCCCUAAGGCAU